GCGAGCUUCAUUCACCUCGAUGGCUGGGUCGGGAGAGGCAGGCCUGCGGCCGGUGAGGGAGGAGGAACUGGAGGAGGUAAGGGAGAGGCUGGCCCGGCAACUCCCUCACUCCACUGUUGUGCACGGCGCUGUGUCCCUGGCCAAGCGCUAUGGCCUCCACACCCUGCGUCCUGCCUCCAUCCUAGUGCCGGCCUGCCCUCAGCCUUCCUGCCUCACCGUCAUCACCAACCCGACCUCUAGCGCCAUACAGACCCUGGUGAUGUUCUGGAAUCCUGAGGAGGACACAGCGAGGGACGUGAUGGACCAGCUCUCGCGGCUCGCUGUCCUAGACUGGAGUCAACCCGUGCACUUCAUAGCAAUCCCCACGGCCUUAUUGGACUCAAUUGAGGCCGUGGGCAGUGUAGGAAGCCAAAGAGUGAGAUACCUCAGACAACAGGCAGGACACAUCUACACGCUAGAGACGGCAAGGACACAGGACGAGGGGUUGGCCCCUGAGUACCUCAUGACCAGUCUCAGGUCGUCGGAUGCAGUCACAGUCUGGACACACUGGGAUAUGAACGCCUUCGACUCCCUGGCAAGCACCAAACACAUCAUCACCUCCUUCCCGUCCGUCGGCGUUUACAAACGUGGACCCUCGGAGCCCCACCAGGCCAAACAAUGCACAAACAACCCCGGCUCACUGGAAGAAGGGGCAGAGGGGACGCUGGUGUCGUGGACCCUCUUAUUCAAGCUUGGGUGGAUAGGUCACACUUUCACGCUACCACAACACCGUCGCCGAGGCCUGGCCCGCGCUGCCACCCAGGCCCUGGCACAGCAGCUACAGUUUGAGGGGCUCCUGCCUUACGUGCUCGUGGACGACACUAAUGAUCAGUCCAUCAAACUACACAAAGAUCUAGGGUUCCGCCGGCAAUGUGCCGCAUACGUUGUGAUGGUAGUGCCUGAUCCGUAAAGUAAGAAGGCUUCAUCAUAUUAUUCAAGGAAUAAGUGAUAUAUUUGUUGUGGAUACCAACUAAUAGACCAUAUGCCAAGGUGCGCGUCGCUUCACUCACCCGCUGCCUCCACCCCCGACGGUCUUCCUGAGCGAGCCCCAUUGUGGCUGCCCUUCCCAAUCUAAGCCACUCUUGGCAGAAUCCAUGACCUUGCCCCAUCCAUAGGUUAGGUGGGCGUUCCCAUGGUUUCCUCCACUCAGGAAUGUCUUGUACAGUAACAACCUUAUAAGCAAGAUCGACGUCCGCGAAGCUGCCCAGUGCCCAUAUAGCCAGAGUUGGUAAUACACCGGUCACACAUAGAUGAAUCUGAACCCGAAUGCAACCCGAAUGCCAUUGUUUGCAUUCGGUUUUCAUUCGGGCACCGAUUCGGGGUGUUCGGUUUGCAUUCUGAACAAGUUCGUGCGAUUCGUAAUCGAUUCGGAGAGUUGGCCGAGUUUUUGGUGCGACAUUAAAUAUUCGUAACGGAUUCGGGAAUGAGGAAAAUUCGGAUUUCAGUCGGUAUGCGUUCGAUAUGGAUUCGGUAUGGGUUCUGUAUGCGUUCGGUUUGCAUUCGGAUUGUUCGGUAUGCAUUCGGGACAAAAAAAAAAAAAAAAAAAAAAAAAAAAAAAAAAGUCCGUUAGAACUGUCAAAAUUCGGUUUCAAAUCAGAAUAGAUUCUGUAUGUACUCGGUGUUCAUUCGGGGAGAAUUCGAAAUGGCUAUUCCGAAUGCAUUCCGAAUGUACUCCGAAUCCAAAUCGAAUUUUGACAUGUUCCAAAUGCAUACCGAAUAAAAUCAGAAUGCAUCCCGAAUGGGUUCAGAAUGCAAACAGAAUUCAAGCCGAAUGCAACCCGAAUCGAUACCGAACGCAUCCAGAAUUGACAUAUACCCAAAUUUCGAUUCGUACUGGAUUCGAUUUGUAUUCGGUUUACAUUCGAUUUGCAUUCGGUAAAGAAAAGAAACUUAAAUUUUGAGUUUCGGAAUUCGGUGUAAGUUCGGAACGCAUUCGGUUUGCAUUCUGUUUGGGGUCGGUCUGCAUACAGUUUGCAUUCACAAUAUAUUUCCGAAUGCAAACCGAUUGCAGACGGACAAAAAAUUGACCUUGAAAUAUCGCCCCGAAAAUGCCCGAAUCUAUCCCCAAUGACAUUCGGGCUGGAUUCGGAAGCGAUUCGGCUAUGUGUGACCGGGGCUUAAGAGUUAAGAGGUAACAGGCCUCGAUGCAGUUUCAUGAAGUAGGCACUGCUUCAGUACGAAGUCAUUCCAGCUAUACCCUAUGAUCCUGCGCAGUGGUGGAUCUAGAAAAUAAUUUUGUGGGGGAGCACUUGGCACUCGGCUCGCAACCGAUUUUUUCGGUUGAAUAGAUUUUGGGUUCUAUUCCCGGGCAGAGUGAGAGUUAAAAUGAGCUUUCUCUCUUUACACCCCACCCCCUGCGCCUCCCUAGCUGAGUGGUUUCUGUGACCGCCUACCACUCCUCGGGGAGCCGGUUCGAGUCCGAUUAGCUGCCUUCGGUGCACAGCCCACCCAGCUAUUGCCCCUGAUCAUCCUUCCUUUCGGGUUGGUCGAUAAACGGGUACCUGGGGAAACUUGGGGAAGGUAAAUUGUGGGAGUCCGGACGACAUGGGGCCAAGUGUCCCCGGGUUAGUGGAUACGAGUCCACCACAGGCUCAAAAGGUCAAGGAGGCGGAAAAAAGCACUGAUGCGACGCGCAACAAUAUCGCAUGCUCCCCACUUUACCUACGAGUAUGACUUUAUUAGGCAGACAUUGUAGGCUAGUCUCUGGGUUACUAAUAUUUCUCAUCCCAGUUUGUCUUCCGUAUUGUACUUCUAAGAUAUGUUAGGUUACAAAUCCUGCGGUGUCAGCAGUUUUGACCGUUGGCGCCCCUCAGAGGCUGGCAGUGCCUCAGGGGCCAGUUCACCCCGUCUCUGUAUCGCCUACGCACGUACUCGUUCUUUCUUUGUUAUUAGCUUCAUUAAUUUUUUUUGUGAAGUGAAUGUGGAAAAGAAGCUGGAGGAGAAAAUUUUUGUUCUUGAGUUUACUUACUCGAUGUAAUUUGUAUUAACAGUGCUAUGGUAAAUAAAUAAAAAAAAAAAGGUAAAAAUUCAAUUCACUGUAGCAUAAGGGGCACAAUUUUAUGACAA